CACAGCAUGGCAUCUUGCUUUGGCUUCCGCAACAAAGGCGAUCAGGCCGAGCGCGAGCCUCUGCUGCCCCAGUACAAUGACGAUACCACGCUGCAGCGGGAGCUGCACCAGAAGCUCCACUCGUACCACAUGUACCGCGCCAUGUCCAAAGGCUUCAUGCCUUCGACCGAACAGCUCAUCAUCAACCUACGCACUUUCCUCUCCAGCGAAGUGCUCAACCCCGAGCACCCUGAUCUGUCCAACAGUGGCAGGAGACUGAUCAAGCAGACGCGAACAUGGGUGGAGCAGUUCAUGGACCUGCUCCAGCACAAAAAUGGCAAGGACCAGAUGCAGGACAUCAUUUGGUUCCUGUCAAAGAGCAGCAUAUCCGUGGAUGUCGAGGACAUUACUGUGCGAGCACAGAAGACCAAAGCCAAGGCAGACACCCUGGCGGCAUACCAGAGCUUGCAAACCGUAGGAGGAUUGCUGUUCACCAAUUCUGACUUCAGGAUCUUUCUCAGUGACCUCAACACCGUUGGCAAGGAGGUCUUUAGAGACUCUGCUUUCGCAUUGUCGCAUGUCGCCAAAGAGGUGGGCAACAAGGUCGAUCCUUCGGAAGAGGAGAAGCAAAAGGUUGCAAAGCCAGGUGCCGAUGAUCAGCCAGCGCCCAGCACGCAGGACUUGACAGGGGACGCGGUGGAUGUGACCCAGAUCGUCGCGAACGGCACAGCUCAAGUGGCAAAGACGACUGUGGACAGCGCUGCGGAUAAGCUGGAGGGUGACGAGGGCAAGACGUUGAUCAACCGCCUUCAGCAAGCUGUCUUGAAGCUGAGGAAGCGACCCGACUACAACGACUCUGUGUCGACAUUGUCAUUGCUGAUCAAGCGCUACGCUCUGGUUUAUUCACGCGCCGCAGAGGACAUUGCCCACGUUGCUAAGAAGGAUGUGCAGGAAAAUGAGGCGCUUGAUCGUGCAGCGCACAACAUCUGGAUCUUCAUCACCAGCUUUGGAAACAAAAAGGACUGGGAGAAGACGGAGGCGUUGUUCAAGAAAGUGCUCGGUCACAAGGAUAAGGACCCUCAAUUCGAGAGCACGUUGAACAAAGCUGGUGACGGACUGCAAAAGCUGCUCACAGAUCCUCAGUUUAUGGAGCACGCCGAUGAGAAAUUCAAAGAACUCAGAGCCGAGUACAACAAGUCCAGCAAUGGCAGCGACUUGAGCAAAGAUGUUCAGGCUCUGUUCCAGCAGUUGGAGACGACUCUUUACAGCGUGCUCAGAGAUGAGCACAUCAACAACUUGAUCCAGACGAGUCUGCGUAUAUUCAAGAUUCUCUCCCCCAUCAACCAGGCCACUAACCCGGAACUACUUCAGGAUUCCAUCAAUAUCUUCAUACCACUCUUCAUCGCAGCUAUCCAGUAUGUGCCCAUUCCGAGAUUGGAGGUCAGCACACCCGAGAUCGAUCUGCUGCUAGAAAACCUCAUCAUCGAGCCGGGACAUACAGUCAACCAGACCUCUUUUCUCCCGUACCGGCUCAAGGUGGAAACAUACAACGAUUGCGAGCUCCGCAAGGCCAGAUUCGGAACUACAAGCGCAAUGACCAACCUUGUCACUAUCAAGAUUGAUGGACUUUCCGCCAAGGCCGAUGAGAUGGGCUUUUGGCUUCGUGCUCACAAGGGCAUUCUCCGUCUGGCAGAUGAAGGUAUUGCAGGUUUCGCGCUCGACGAAAAGGGGAUCGACAUCCAUAUCGAUGUUGAAAUCGCGAAAGAACGUCUCGAGCAAAUCUUGACUCUCAAAGGUGUACGCGUACAUAUCCACAAGCUCAACUACAAGAUUCGCAAGUCCAAGUUCAGCUGGCUCGGAUGGCUCAUCAAGCCUCUGCUGCGCCCAGUCAUUCGCAAAGUCAUGGAGAAGCAGCUGGCCUCUGCUCUGGCGGACUUCUUCCAUGCUGCCAACCGCGAGAUUCUCUUCGCGAGAGAGCGUCUUCGGGCAACGAGAAUUGCUGACCCUAACGAUUUGCUUACGUUUUUCAAGGCUGUGAGUGCUCGGCUCACCCCAGCGGACGAUCCGGAUGUCUAUACGAGAGUGGGCGUUGCGCAGCCUGGCAAAGGCGUGUUCAAGAAUGUGUAUGCGCCUGGAAGUGUGGUGAAGGUAUGGAACGAGGAGGCUAGCAAAGCUCCAGAGCGCAUCGAAGAAUUUGAUGCAGGUGGUUGGAGAAAUGCCAUCUUCGACACACACGUUCGAAGCUUGACCUGAUGGGUACGGUACCUGGAGGGGCGGGACAGGAGAAUGUGUGACAUGUGAGAAGGCGGGGAAAAGAAGCAGACGGCGACAGAGUCGAACACAGACGACAGCCCAAGGGCAACAGCAUUCAAAGGCGCGCGGUAUCCUCGGCAUCCUCGUGACGUGCAGUCUCAUGUCGCAGAACCCCUCGAAGCACCCAUCCCAUCGCCCGCUGUUCAAUGACACUGUCAGAAGACAAAUUGACGCCCGGCCGAGCUCAUCGGAGGAAUCCGUUUCUGACUACCUGUAUGAGUGAGUCUCAUCAUCGCUAUUCCCAGUAUCCAAGCCCAAGUCCCCUCUCUCUCCCGCUUUCGAUAUAUGUAGCUGUGUUCUUGUUCUUGUCCUUGCUGUUGCUGUUGUUGCCGUGAGAAAAAAAAAAGCCUCUUGUUCGUUCGUUCCUUCCUCCCUUCCAUUCCUUCCCUUUCUUCGUUCUUUCCUUUCAUCCCUUUCUUCCUUCCUCAAAUGAAGCAACCCUAGAAUUUACUGGUGUCGUCUCAUAUAUGUACCUUAAUAUCGAUAAACCCCUGACCCCCCUUCCAAGCCGAAGAAAAGAAAAGUGUCAUUCAUCGAAAGAUGAGCUAGAAAAAUCCAAUAACC